GUCUCUUUCCUUUUUUUUUUUUUUUCCAGUUUUUUAAUUACAAAUAAUUUCCAUCUCCACUCAGCAAUAAUAUUCACAAUCCACUGUUUUCUGUUCCGUGGCGGCCCGAGAUUGCUAUAUUUCCAGUUCCACACUUAGUUGAAAUCUAAUUACCGAUUUCUAGAUGGCACCAUCAGCUCUGAUCUGCGAAACCCAGCCAUGGAAGGAUUUGAAGGCCCAUGUUGACGACAUUAAGAAAACUCAUUUGCGUGAGUUGAUGAGCGACACAGAACGAUGCCAGUCCAUGAUGAUUGAGUUUGAUGGGAUGUUGCUGGACUAUUCGAGGCAACGUGCUACUUCUGAUACAUUGAAUAAGCUCAAGAAUUUAGCAGAGGCAGCUCAUUUGAAAGAAAAGAUCAACAAGAUGUUCAAUGGAGAGCGUAUAAACAGCACAGAGGAUAGAUCCGUUCUUCACGUAGCACUUCGUGCACCUAGGGAUUCAGUCAUAAAUAGUGAUGGGAAGAAUGUGGUCCCAGAUGUUUGGCAAGUUCUUGACAAGAUCAAGGAUUUCUCGGAGAGGAUCCGAAGUGGUGCCUGGAUUGGAGCCACGGGGAAAGCGUUGACAAAUGUUAUUGCCGUUGGAAUUGGAGGCAGUUUUCUAGGCCCUCUUUUUGUUCAUACAGCACUUCAAACAGACUCGGAAGCUUCUGAAUUUGCAAAAGGUCGCCAGCUGCGGUUCCUUGCAAAUGUCGAUCCAGUUGAUGUUGCAAGAAACAUUACUGGGCUGGAUCCUGAAACAACAUUAGUUGUUGUGGUAUCAAAAACUUUCACCACUGCUGAGACUAUGCUGAAUGCCCGGACUAUAAGGGAGUGGAUCUCUGCUGCCUUGGGGCCUGAAGCAGUGGCGAAGCACAUGGUUGCUGUCAGCACUAACCUCACGCUUGUAGAAAAGUUUGGCAUUGAUCCAAAUAAUGCCUUUGCAUUCUGGGAUUGGGUGGGAGGACGCUACAGUGUUUGCAGUGCUGUUGGAGUGUUGCCUCUUUCUCUUCAAUAUGGUUUUGCGGUUGUCGAGAAGUUCCUGAAGGGAGCUUCAAGUAUCGAUCAACAUUUCCAUUCAGCGCCUAUUGAGAAAAAUCUACCUGUGCUAUUAGGCUUGUUGAGUGUUUGGAAUGUGUCAUUCCUUGGAUAUCCUGCUAGAGCCAUUUUACCUUACACUCAAGCACUGGAAAAAUUUGCUCCUCAUAUUCAGCAGGUUAGCAUGGAGAGUAAUGGGAAAGGGGUGUCAAUCGAUGGUGUCCCCCUUCCCUUUGAGGCAGGUGAGAUUGAUUUUGGUGAACCAGGAACAAACGGGCAACACAGCUUUUACCAACUAAUUCACCAGGGUCGUGUUAUUCCAUGCGAUUUUAUUGGUGUGGUGAAGAGUCAGCAGCCUGUUUACCUUAAAGGUGAAGUUGUUAGCAACCACGAUGAGCUCAUGUCCAACUUCUUUGCCCAGCCAGAUGCACUUGCUUAUGGGAAGACUCCAGAACAGUUAUUAAAGGAGAAUGUCCCUCACCAUCUUGUUACUCACAAGACUUUCUCUGGUGACCGGCCAUCUGUCAGCCUUCUACUUCCUUCCCUGAACGCUUACAACAUUGGACAGUUAUUGGCAAUCUACGAACAUAGAGUUGCUGUAGAAGGAUUCGUAUGGGGUAUAAAUUCCUUUGACCAAUGGGGAGUAGAAUUGGGAAAGUCACUGGCUACUCAAGUCAGAAAGCAGCUUAAUGCAUCUCGUAAGAAAGCCGAACCAGUUGAAGGGUUCAACUUCAGCACUACAGCACUGCUAACAAGAUAUCUAGAGGCAAGCACAGACAUUUCAAAGGAGGACUGCACAGUUUUACCGAAGAUGUAAUCAUCAGCUUGGUUUUUACUGCUGUCAUAUAAUAGCAGCUUCAACGAGCUCACUUGUGGCCAUUUUUUCUGCUAAGCUUCCUUUCGUUUCGUUAGACAUGGAAUAUUCCUCGUCUGAGCUCCCAUAAUUAUUGACGUGUACCGAUGAAAAUAAUCUUCAACUCGAUCUUAAUGCUGCAUGGGUGGGUACCAAUAAAAGUUUUUCGAGUGAAGGCUAUAUAUACUUUUUAUCCGUAUAUUGUACUUUGUGCUAUUUUUCUUUAAAUAGAUGUUAUGUGGCGCCAGAAAGAAGGGCCAGUCGGUAACACCUUAGUAAA